AUGCACAAGAAACUUCUAUUGUUAACCGUAGUUUUUACAAUAGUCACGUCGAAAGUUGAGGAAAUGACUCGAGAAAAUAUGCCUGGCGCUAAAUAUUAUGAUGGGAAAAAAUUUGUUUUUCCAAUUUCUGACGAAACGAUGGAAGAAAUUCUCGAUCGUUGGAUGCAACAGGCGAUGAGCGGUUUACUAUCCGGAGUUUCGAUAAAAAAGAGCGCCAAUCUCAAUAAUGACGAUAAAAAGUGGCUUCAAACAUGUGAAAAACAAUCGAAAACUGUUAACGAACAAGCACGUUGCGUUGUCAAAGCUUUUGGUUCAGGUAAAAUGAACAAAAAAAAUAAUGAAGGUCAGAAUUGUAAAUGA